AUGGAACGGUCAUCUCCGUGCAUAAAGAUGACCUGUGCCGUCACAGAGCCGAUGUCAUCGUUAAUGCAGCCAAUGAGGAUCUGA